UCAAGUUCAAUAAUUUCAGUUUGCUGGAGACCGGCGGAUCGUGCACACCGCAGUACCGUUACAAGACAAUCAAAAUAAAGAGAACAAUAUGGUGAAAGUGGACGUAAAAUACACAAAGUUGUUUAUAAACAAUGACUGGGUGGACGCGGUCAGCAAGAAGACCUUCCCGACGAUAAAUCCUCAGGAUGAAAGCGUUAUUGCGCAAGUCGCCGAAGGAGACAAGGCUGAUAUAGACUUGGCAGUCGCUGCAGCUAAGAAGGCGUUCUACCGCUAUUCCUCAUGGCGCACUAUGGACGCCUCCCAACGUGGUCUUCUCAUGCUAAAACUGGCUGAACUUCUUGAAGCCCAGUCCAGAUAUUUAGCUGAACUAGAAACUCUGGACUGCGGGAAGCCAGUCAAACAGUCCGAGGAAGAGGUAUAUUUCUCAGCUAGUGUACUAAGAUAUUACGCUGGGAAGGCUGAUAAAAUACUUGGGAAUACCAUACCUGCAGAUGGAGAAGUCUUAUCGUUCACCCUAAAAGACCCGGUGGGUGUGUGUGGACAAAUCAUACCAUGGAACUAUCCCAUUCCCAUGAUGGUUUGGAAGAUUGCACCAGCUUUAGCUGCAGGUUGUACGAUAGUCCUAAAGCCGGCCGAGCAAACUCCUCUAACCGCGCUUGCUGUGGCUGCCCUGAUCAAGGAGGCAGGAUUCCCUCCAGGGGUAGUGAACGUCGUACCAGGGUACGGGCCCACAGCGGGAGCUGCACUCACACACCACCCAGAUGUUGAUAAAGUCGCGUUUACUGGUUCUACUGAGGUGGGCAGAAUAAUCUUGGGUGCUGCAUCAGCUGUGAACUUGAAGAGAGUCACUUUGGAACUUGGUGGAAAGAGCCCAUUGGUAGUCUUCAACGAUGCUGAUGUUGAAAAAGCAGCGCAAAUUGCUCACGCGGCCGCUUUCGCUAAUGCUGGUCAGUGCUGCUGUGCCGGCACCAGGACUUACGUACAGUCCGGUAUAUACGACCAGUUCGUGAAGAAAGCUGCCGAGAUCGCGCAAAAAAGAUCCGUCGGAAACCCCUUUGAUGAUGUCCAGCAGGGACCUCAGAUCGACAAGGACAUGUACACCAAAGUCUUGAAUUACAUUACUGCCGGUAAAGAAGGUGGUGCGAAAUGCAUCGCUGGGGGCGACAAGCUCGGAGACAAGGGUUACUUCAUCAAGCCUACUGUCUUCGCGGAUGUCCAGGACAACAUGAAGAUAGCUAGAGAAGAGAUCUUCGGGCCGGUGCAGAGUAUUCUCAAAUUUGAGACGUUUGAUGAAGUGGUGGAUCGUGCGAAUGACACCAAUUACGGGCUAGCAGCUGGAGUGAUAACCAAUGAUGUCGUCACAGCCCUCAGCUUCGCAAAACAAGUACGGGCUGGAUCUAUCUGGAUCAACACAUACGAUCACGUGACCAGCCAAACACCGUUCGGUGGAUUCAAAGACUCCGGCCUUGGCAGGGAAUUGGGUGAAGACGGAAUCAACCAGUACUUAGAAACAAAAACAGUAACUCUGGCUUUGCCGAAAAAACCUCAAAUUUAAAUCUAUUUUUAUAUGUAUUGUCAAAAAUGUUGUAUAUUCCAUUUAGUAAUUUUGUACCAAGGGUGUUUAUACCAAAAUAAACAGUUUAUAUUGUCUGUA